UGGCCUAUUCCCACCCCUAGUUGUGAUUGUCUUCACUUCUUGGGCUAUAGCCGCCGGAGAAAGGAAAAGAAAUUCCGAAGCUAUGUCGACUGCAUUGGGCACCAGAGUUCACUCUCUUCGAAACUCUUCGUUACUCCGAUUCCCCCUCAGUUUCAUCAGAACCCUAUCAUCUUCCACUCCUUCUCCUUCUUCUGAUGCCGCUUCCGCUACUGCUAAGAAAUCCAAGCGAAGAAAGAAGAAAAACUUUUUCGAGGUGGCUCAGUUCUUACCUAGCUGGGGAAUCGGAUACCACAUGGCCAAGACUCACUGGAAAGAAGUUUCUUACGAAAUCACUAAACUCAAUCUCUACAAGGAUGGGAAACAUGGCAAAGCUUGGGGCAUUGCUCAUAAAAAUGGUUUGCCUUUAGUAGAUGCUCCCAAAAAAAUUAGUGGAGUUCACAAGCGUUGCUGGAGGUACCUCCCAAAUGUAGUAAAAGCAUCAGAAACUUCACCAACCUUGACAAGUUCCACAGACAGUGACUUAAAAGUUGAAGCACAAGCAAGUUAAUGCUUUGUAGUGACUCAGGGUUUGGAUUUAUGUUUUCGACAUUAUGCCUUGUGUUUUAGAUUAGAUUUUCAACUGGCAUAGCUGUUUUUUUUACUAUGUUAACAUUUUGAGUCAAUCAGGAAAUAUACCUUACGCAUUCAAGUAAGGUUUAUGUGCUUCUUCUUUCUUUAAAUUUCUGAUUAAAUAACCUCUUGACAUGAAACUUGCUUUGGGAGAGUGAGCUGAAUGCAUUUAAUUCUUCUUUCUUGA